AUGCUCAACGCUGAACCGGUUUCUUCUCCACUUUUUCCUCCUAUUGUCACGGCUUUUAAAUAUGCAGUCCGUGAAAACAUAUCCAACGCAGGUCUUCCUCUCAGAACAUUUCCCUUUCCCUCACACUCCUUCGACAUGGAUGUCGAUAUAGUCAGCUCCAAUUCGCUGGGCGGCUCUAUAGGCCCGUUGUAUAUUGGAAUGGUCUUGGCUGGAGCACUAUGGGGUGUUUCCUGCGUCCAGACUUGGUACUAUUUCGAUAACUACAAAAACGACCCUAUCUUCCUCCGGGUGGUGGUGUUCUGCACAUGGUUGAGCGAUACCAUUCAUCAGAUUCUCAUAUCACAAGCUGUGUACAGUUAUACCAUCACGCACUUUGGCGACUCUGAUAACCUACAGAAUGUGCUAUGGAGCCUCUAUCUGGAAGCCCUAUUCAACGGCAUAACUGGUUUCUUGGUCCAAUCCUUUUUUGUUCACCGAAUAUGGUCAUUCCGCAAAAAUAUCCCCAUCACCCUAGCCAUCGGUCUCCUUGUUAUUGCAGAAUUCGUGUGGAUGGAUUUAGGCGUUUCGAUCGCAUAUGUCGCUCUUGGCAUGAACCUAAAGACUUUCACCGACCUCAAGCAAAUUAAAGGUGUCUCCAUGUCCAUCAAUGCCCUCGCUGCCGCUGGCGAUGUUCUCAUUUCGUCAGUCAUAUGUACCAUGCUGAAUUCUUCGAAGUCGGGUUUUGCCUGGAGUAAUCAUGUCAUAAAUCGUUUGAUCCUUUUCUCAAUCAACUCUGGGUUGCUCACGUCUAUAUGUGCGAUCAUGUCCUUGAUCACUAUCCUGGCAUUACCGGAUACGUUGAUUUACUUCUGCUUCUACUUCCUCAUUGGACGAUUCUAUUCGAAUUCCCUCUUGGCCACACUUAAUGCCAGGAAAGGAAUGCGGGCAAUGCAAAGUUCAUCCCGUGGUGAAUCUCACUCGUUGCAAGAACGAACUCAAGGUGGUCGAUUAGUAGGUCGUCUUAACGGACUGAUGAACCAAGGCGACAAGACUGGGAUUCAGGUGCAAAUUGAAACAAUAAGAGCCCAGGAUUACAGUGGAGAGGUCAGCGUUGGGAACCUUGACGACCCGGAUUCGUCAGCGCACUCGGUGAAAGGAGAGCCUAUGAAAGGAGAGCUUCCUUAG